UUAGUUUAAUUCAUUUCACCUCAGCUGUAAGACGCUUUGUCUCAUCCUCAAGCAAUAUCACCACAAGGAUAACAUAUUCUCCCUUUCCAAACAUAAAAAAAUCAACUAUGGCUGAUACUGCAGUAGAUUCAACUACCAUCACAGAGAUAACCGCUAAGGACCUGAAGGAAAAGAAAGAGGUGAAGGAAAAGACAGACGUGAAGGAAAAGACAGACGUAAAGGAAAAGAAAGAGGUGACCGAAGAAGUUGAGGUGGAGAAAAAGAAAGAGAACGGCAGCGGAGACGCACCUGCCAAUGGCAAUGGAACAACAAAUGGUGCCUCACACAAGAAAGAGCAUGCUGAAAAAGAAGAAGAAGACGAUGAAGCUGCAGAAGCAGAGGGGGAGGAGACAAAGAAUGGCGUAGAUAAGGAAGUUGAUGGACUUGCAGUGAAACGUCCCGCUGAGGAGAAGGAGGAAAAGGUUGAAACGAAGAAACAGAAGACAGAAGAAAAGGAGGAUUCCACAAAAGCUGAAGUGAAAGCCUAGACCUUACAUUGCAGCCCUGUUCUAUAGCUGUCUGCAUGGUCAAUUUGACCUGGUAGAGUUUGUGCUUUUAUGUAUAUUUUACUCAUUUUCUUUUUGCCUGGGAAAAUAUUCUAUUGCACUGGAGUCCCAUAACAUCAUGGCCCACUUUUUUCCUUUUUUUUUUAUGAAAUGUUAUUUAUUGGUUCAGAGUGACAUUUUUUUUAGGUUUCUCUUUAACAAAGAAAAAAAAGGAAAAAGUAUUUUGUACGUAUGAGUUCAAAGCACAAUUUCUACUGUGUGUUCCGACCAGCUGAUUCAGAUUCAGACAAGCAUCUGCACCCUCUCACAAGGUUCUGACAUUUUCACGAAUGACCUCUCUGACUGACGGAAGACCAAAGAUAAGUUUUAAGCAGGGGGCUAAUACAUGCUUCUUAAAUCCCUUUUGUUUGUGCUGCUAGUAGUUAAUCCCUCGCUUGGCUGAUCUGUGCAUACAGCAGAUGGCACUUACCAAUGAAGGGGUCUCAUGGAGCCCAAUCAAAAAUGAAAAAGACUGCUAUCCCCCCUUUUGGGGGCGUGGGCUGGCAUGUCUUGUGCGUAUCAGCCCCUCUUAAAUCUUAACGAUUUGGUCGUUUUUUUGUUCUCUAUCCAUUUUGGUCAGAUUCUACCUUUGGUAUCCAUUGUACAGUUUUGUCUCGGAUUACUUUUCCUGUUUGCAAUUUACAGCUGAGAGUUCUGAAGUAUUAAGUCUACAGUCGCUACAGUGGUCUUAAACCGAACAACAUGUCAGGUGUGGUGCUCUCAGCUGUUUCCGAGCAGUUUUAUGGAUUGUGUUUUUGGUUGCUUCGACCACUGCUCUGUAUAUUCUGGAUCUGGAUUAUAAAUAAAUCAGUCUUGUCUUUUUAA